GGGCCGUUCGAACACCGCGGGUGAAGGCAUUCAGUCUUUGCAGUUUGGUGACGCCGGGAGGACCUGUUCCCCGGAAAGCCCGGAGCCAUCCGCCGUUCGGUCUCUAGCGGGGCAUCUAGCGGGCGAAGAGUCCGCAGUACGAAGCGAUCUGAACGCGUCUCGCCGAGCCGCUGAGUGGCUUGGUACGCUUGCAUUCCUGCGUACGCUUGUAGUCGCGGCGUCAAACGAUGGACGUACGUACGGUAAGCUACGUGUCGGGUGGAGUUGAGCAAGCGGUGGAGUUGGGCCAUCCGCAAGCGAAGCAGGCGGCCGGGCGACGCGAACGCACUAUCUCUGGCUCCGAACCUUCAAAGCCACCGAUCCUUGGUGGGCCAAACGUUUAUGGGCCCACUGUGGUUAGUUCUCAGCCGCGAUCGCAACCAUCGGCCCCAGCUGCACCGACACCGUUACCAGCCCCUGGUCCUGUUUCUAUUCCCCCGGCACGACACUCCGCACCACAUCCGCAGGUCCGCUUUCCUGCCGAACCGCGGUCAGAGGUGAAGUUUGCCCCGUCCGUACCGCUUAAGACUCCACUAGUGCGUCCUCUGCUGCCGACACAGCAGCAACCACCGCUUCUGCAGCAUCAUCCACGCGACAACACAACACCGGCCGUACUGCCGGCACCGAUUUCACUCCGUCAGCCGCCCGUCGUCCUCCAGCAGGCACCCUUUGCCGUGAUGGAUCCGGUACGGCCCAACCCCGGCAUGCCUCCCGGUGCACAGAUGAUGCGACCGCCGGCAAACGUAGGUCCACCGAGAACGGGAACACCGACACAACCACCCCGCCCGGGAGGUAUGUACCCUGGGCCCCAUCAACCACCAGGCGUCCCCAUGCCCAUGCGACCACAGAUGCCACCCGGGGCUGGUGUCCCGGGGAUGCAGCCUGCCAUGCAACCGAGACCUCCGUCCGCCCAGGGCAUGCAACGGCCACCGAUGAUGGGUCAGCCGCCCCCUAUCCGCCCUCCCAACCCGAUGGGAGGACCAAGACCAACGAUUUCGCCCCAAAACUCUAACCUUGGCGGACCGAUGCAACCGGGCAUGGGAGGACCUCCUAGACCGCCGAUGCCAAUGCAGGGAAGCGGUGGAAUGGGUGGUCCUGCCGGACCUCCACAGGGUAUGCGUCCGAACUUUUACAACCGUCCAAUGGGGCCGGGAGAUCCCAGCAGACCUCCGUCCGGCAACGAUACGGGUGGAACGACGACAGGUGGACCUCCAUCAUCCGCCACUCCAUCGGUUGAUGACGAUGAGGAUGUGGUGAUUGGACGACUGCCUGCCGACAGCUCGUCGGCACUAAACAGUCCCAAUCCGGCGAGAGCUCCCUCGCGUAACUUUGCCAUGCCUGGGCACCCUUCACCUUCGGCGACCGGUGUCGAGAGGGAAAAAUCCAUCCCCUCCAGACCACCGUCCGUAGCAGGUAACUAUGGCAAGAGCGAGCACGAACUCGACAGUUCAUCAACCGGUAGGCCACUCCACGCACUGAAGGACUUUAUCAGUAAGGAUGCGGCACGGCCGGGCCAAUCGCCCACCCAAUCACCUUCCCCCGGUAGCCAGCAGUCACUAUCGCCGGCAAACACGGACGAGAGCUUUAGCUACCGGCCCGGACCCAUGCCGGGCUCGGGCCAGCAGCAGUACAAAAUGCAACCACCACCUGGAACACGCCCGAGCGUGCAAAGUCCCGCGGCGCCCGUUCCAGUCGGUGGUCGUGGUGGCGACGGCGAUAAGGUUACCUUCCAGAUACCGAACGGCAGAGAAGGCUCCCAAGAGUGGAACUCACGCUCGCGGCCUCCACAGCAGCACAUGAUCCGGACGGGACCGAAAUCACUCACGGCCGAUCACAAAGGUGACAACGAUAGCGGCGUCGACGAGUACACUCAGGAAAAGGAUCGUCCCAAUGCGCUAGCAUCGCCAGCGUCGCCACUGAAGUCACCGAGCAAGAUACCGGGACUAGCCAGAAGACCGGAGAACAUUUCGUCCGAAAGCCGAUCGCGGAGCACCUCGAAGCAGCGCGCCAACGCGAAAACACCGGAAACGCCCUCCGACCAGCCGCUAAUUAAAAAAGUACCAAUGAACAAAAUACAAGUCGGUGGGGCACCAUCUCCGAAUCUGAAGGUCGUCAAGUCCAAGAUUGGGUCGCUGGAAAACGCCAGCCACAAGCCGGGCGGUGGCCAUGUGAAGAUCGAAACGAAGAAAAUCGACAUCAAGGCGGCACCACGAAUUGAGGCGAAGAAUGAUGCGUACGUGCCGAAGGGUGGUGAUAAGAAGAUUAUAAGCACAAAGCUUCAGUGGAAUGCAAAACCGAAGAUUGGUUCGCUGGAUAAUGCUAGCCACAAGCCGGGCGGAGGCGACAAGCGCAUCGAGUCGAUCAAGACCGACUUUAAGGAGCGGGCAAAGCCCAAAAUUGGCUCCAAGGAUAACAUCACGUACAAACCGGGCGGCGGCGACAUAAAGAUCGUAACGCAGAAGCUAGACAUCAAGGCGGAAAGCAAGAUCGGUUCGCUGGACAACCUGAAGCAUAAGCCCGGCGGUGGCGACAAGAAAAUCUUCGACGACAAGGAGUAUCUGAAGAACAUUGAGCAUCCGAUCACGCCCAGUCCUUCCACGCAGCGUUCCUCAUCGAUGCGCCGGAUGACGGCCAGUGUGUCCGGGGUGGAUCUGUGUCGCAGCAUCGACUACGAACCGGUGCGGGUGCCACCCCUAGCAACCGCAUCGCUUACCGCCUCGCUGUCCAUACCGUCCGAGUGUAUCGUGCUGUCGGUGGCCAACGAACCGAGUCCCGAGCAGAAGGUGGACAAGCAAGAACCGGCCCCAUGUUACAUACGAAAGGAUGGGCGUGCUAUACACCCGAAACCGUUCCGAACAUACUAAGGAUAUGGCGAGACAUCGGACAUGGGUUAAAGUCACAGCCAUAGAACGCUUCCAAACAAAUCGAAACCGUAUCUUGCAGUGACCGUGUCCAUUGAAGAAACGAUGUACAAACUAAACUUCUCCUCCACGCUACCGCCGAAUGACGUAUGGCUCCAACCAUUCCAUUAGGCCAGAUUAGGAUUCGCCUUCUCCGUAGUGAAAUGCAUUUUAUUUUGGUUUGUAGUUAAGCAAAUGGUACUUUCCGAAAAUUACAACCUAAACAAAAACAAAGCCUAGGAACUACCCACUGAAAGAAGAGUCCCAAAGGUGCACCAAAGAACUUCCCCAGCAAUUCAAAAAACGAAGAAACAGAAGCAGAGAACAAAAUGACAACCUGAACAUCUUUUCCCGCAUGAGAGAAAAUUUGAAAUCAGAACCGGAGAUGACGCUAAAAACAAAAAUCAGACCCACAAAAAAGAGAGAGUCAGUGACACAGAUAAGGACCGAUUACUACGCCACUCUUUUCGGGAACAGAAAAUAGGGCGAUAAGUAAAUUGGUAACCGACGACACGGCGCUACUAGGCGCUCCAACUUUGUCCCGAGCUAAACAGUCGGUAGUGGAUGGGUCCUCUAACAACUCUAGCCCGCCCUCCAGGAUCCCGCGAGAUCGAAUCCCAUCGAAAACGAGAUCGAUGAUCCCUCGUUCGUUCGUAGAUAUGUCACAGAACUAUGAUGAAUGGAUGUGUUGUUGAAGAGUAGAGUGGAGUGGACCCGACAUCUCUCUCGGUUAAAGAGAACAGGGCUACUUCUACCACUCACAAGACGACUCUUUAGUUUUAGCAAACCUACAUUUAAACUAACCUAUCCUAAUACACAUUGUGUCUCCACACACCAUAUAGCGCAUAGAACAACCACACAUGUUUCACACAAAAUCCACCCCCUUCUAUUAUAGGAUUCUUUCACAGAGCAGAAGAAGUGGAAACUAGUUCUUAAUGGAAACUAGAACACGAGGAUUAGUUGUUUUAUUGUUGUAUAGCAAAUGCAAGAUGUUAGUACGGGUUUGUUUGUUUUUCCCUGCUCAAGGUUGUUUGGAGCGCGAGCGCUUAUCUAUUGUUUGUUUGCUCCCCGAAAAUUUUGGUAUUUGUCGCGCGGCAUUGGCAAAUUCAAAUGAAAACAUGGUUCGAACAUUUCCUUCUUUUUUGUUUUUCCGUUUGUUUCACGAUCAAAAGCAAAAUAAAUAUCAAAAAGUACAAAACGAAUUGUAUUCAGAACACGCGUAUUUCUCUCUCUCUCUCUCUCUCUCUCUCUCUCUCUCUCUCUCUCUCUCUCUCUCUCUCUGUUAGCCCUUCGCUUCUUGCUACAUUCUCUCGGUCUCUUCCCUACACAUCAUCAUCACACAUUUGUUUUUGUCUCGCACUCUCUCUCCUCUACUUUCGAAAACUAACCAUCCGAAACAUCGGGCGAUAAUGGCAGCUUUUGGGGAUCAUACGGGGGAUUAUAAAUGUGGGGGGGUUGAUGGAGGGACCAAACCUAACAACAAACCGUAAUAAUAGUGCACAAGAGCAAACACACAUGCUCUCGCGCGCGUUUUGCCUUUCAUUUUUAAAUAUAAAAUUAUUUAAAGGACACAAAAACUCAGUAUGGCAGCCCCAUGGACACUAUCGGUUGGGUGGCCGGUGUGUCAGCAAAGGACUAGGAUAUGAUGGUGAUUCGAUUUCGCUCUAUCUCCCUUUCUCUCUCGCUCUUCGUUCUUUUUGGGAAUUUAAAUGGGGGGAGGGGAUAAAGUUGAACCUGCUAAUUAGGUGAGGUUCCUUGGCGUUAAAAAACAUUGCAAAUAAUUGACACUACGCUAAACACAAAGCCCCCUUGGGUUUGGGGGGUGUCGGGGGGGGGUGCUAACUUUCUGGCAGUUUUGAGGUAAACCUUACAUCUCUCAAUCACUUCUUCUCUACCCCCGCCCCAAACAGAGUCCCUAUUGCGACUAGACACUACCCUACCGGCUUCAUCUCUACAAACUAUUCGAGACCUGUGUGGCGCCGAUUGUGCUGUGAGAGGCUGCGAUUAAUAAUAGGAAUCUUCUGCUCGUCCCGGAUUGGCUAGUGUUGUUGUUUGCAUUUUUUGUCCAGUUUAUGAAAACGGAUAAAUGGAAAAAAGGUUCGUGUAUAAAAAAAAACCUCGAGGCAUUCGGUACAGACAGGCAGACGAGUGUAAAAAAAAAUCUAAAAAAACCAUUGCUCAGAUUUCGCGUACACUUAACUUCUAAAAACGUGUAAAAAUAGUAAAAAAAAAAACACUUUGGCUCACAUGCUCCCCAUUUCGUCUACCGUCUCGCUUCAUGACUGAUUCUCCUCGCUGUUCCUGAUCCUAAUCCUUUCGGAGGCAGCACGAAGUAAUUAAAAAAAAUACAUAUAUAUACCCUAUAUACUUUCGAUUCUGUUAGAGAUACCAUGGAGGUUGGAUGUUGGAAUGAGAUUUACUCAUGAGAUGGUGGUCGGUGCUUCGUCUCGCCCAUAUCCCCCGAUGAGCCGUUGAGCUACAAACCAUAAAGAAUUGAAGAGAGCAUUUAAAAAACAAAAAAAAUCGCUCAAGCUCACCCGAUGCUGGGAAGAGACGUACGACGAGGCUCUGAAGCACUGAUUUUAAGUGGAAAAAUUAAAAAAGGAAUCUCCAUUUUUCCCGCGUCCUUUCUACAAGAGCAAGAGGCUUUUUUCAGUCCCUGCUAGCAUAAUUAAAAAAAGGCCCUUACGAUUGCUUUCGAGUUGGGAGAUGUCUGCUUCAGUAUGUAAAGAUUAAUAUUGCAAAUAUCCUGUCCGCUUUUCUGACCAUUUUGAACUAGUUUCUUGCUUGCUGCUUAGCUGAUGCGCUAUCGAAGGAAAAACAAAACGAAGCGUUUCCCUCGAUAAAAUGGAAAACCAAAGCCUAGUUCCAC